AUGGUACACGCAGAUGAUUUAGAUGAUGGUCUAGUUUAUGAGGUUAACGAUGCCCAAGACGAUGAUGUGGUAUCCGAUGGUGAACUAGUCGAACUAGAUAAGGACAAUGAUAGUAAUACUGCAGAUGAAGUUUCAGAGAAUAAAAGAGCAUUGGAUACGGAAGAUAAUGGAAACACUUUAUCCACUGAAGAGUCUGAAAAACCUUUAAGUAAAAGACAAAAGAAACUGGCUAAUUCUUCUCUCCAUCAAAAAAAACUAGAACGCAUGGCGUAUGAAAAAGCUCAAAAGGAGAACCUCCCUAAGGCAUCAGUUGAUAAAAUUAUUGAGUACUUAGCCACAUCAAUCCGUGACAAAAACCCUGAUUUAAGUGCUUUAGAAUUAGAUGAGUUGUACUUUAAGAAACAGGACUUCUUAUCGACGGAAAAAUAUGAAAAGGAUCGCAGUUUGAAUAAUUUCCAAGAUUUCAUUCACACAUUUUCAAAGUCACCUAGAUCUAUAAUUCUUUCUCAAUCCAACAUCCGCGUUGCAGAUGUAUAUAGAAGUGUUAACGGCCAUCAAACAGCGGUAAAAUUGUUCUCAAAGAAUAAACUUAAAGAUGAUAUAACUAAGGUGGAGGAACUGCUUGGAUCUAAAAAGGAAUCCAAACCAGAGAAGAAAAACAAGAAGUCCAAUAAGAAGAUGAAGGGUAAAAACUUUUCCUCAGAAACUGUAAAAUAUUUCAUAUCAACUCCAACACGUAUUCAAAAAAUCAUAGAGAGCACCGAUCUUUUCUUCCAAGGCAAAGAAAAAUUAGAUAUAUUCAUUGAUGCGAGUUACCUUGAUCCAAAAAAUAACACAAUUUUCACAUCAGAUGAUUCCGCUGUUCUCUAUAAAGUACUCAAGGAGUUUUUGAAGAAUAAAUCUUCUGUAAAGAUUUUACUGUUUUAA